CUUGUACGGCACUGUGCGCAUGCGCGCGCAGAUUGGGUACAGAUUGUGCACAAACUGGAACACGCGCGCUGCCCCAAACAUUAAGACGCCGAAUAAAUGCAGGGGACAGGCGUGAGAGCGGACCGUCGGCUCGGCUACAUCAGUCGUUCGGAGACCUUCAGCGCGAGCCACCGCCUGCACAGUAAAUCUUUAAGUGAUGAAGAGAAUGAAAGGAUAUUUGGGAAGUGCAAUAAUCCUAAUGGGCAUGGCCACAACUAUAAAGUGGAGGUUACUGUCCGUGGUGAGAUUGACCCAGUAACUGGAAUGAUAAUAAACAUAACCGAUCUCAAGAAGUACAUUGAGAUGGCUGUAAUGAAACCACUAGAUCAUAAAAACCUUGAUAAGGAUGUCCCGUAUUUUGCAAAUGUUGUAAGCACAGCUGAAAAUAUAGCCGUGUUCAUCUGGGAUAGUUUACAGAAGUUGAUGGAACCGAAUCUGCUGUAUGAAGUGAAGGUCUUUGAAACUGAUAAAAAUAUUGCCUGCUACAGAGGAGAAUGAGGCAGCAUGGUAAACUGGUUAGAAAUAACACAAAAAAAUAACUUGUACACUCACCCAAUCGCUGUCAUGUCAACUGUAGAUGUAGGCAUGAGGCUGAAAUUGGCCUUUCUUUUUAAACCCCUCGUUUAUUUUCUCAGGGUCUGUUCUUUCUUGAAUGGGAUAUUGGGUAGUGUUUAUUCUGAACAAAAAAAUUGAUGACAGAGAAAUUAAAGGCACUAAACCGAGCCAAAGCUAGAUAGCAAAUGUUUAGUAGAUGCUGAAUUGUUUGUCAGAUUAAGACCAUGAAACCACUGCAUUUGUCCAAUUUGUAUUUGCAUUCUCUUUAGGCUUAUAUACUGUAAAUGAAUGAGUGUUUUAAAUAUUUUAAUAAUUUUUUCCUUUAAAAACUA